UUGUGUUUCAUUAUUAUCUAAAAUAGUAACAAUAAUAAAGGGGAAUCACUUUGACAGUCACGAUUUUCUAAGUACCACCUAUAUAAAGAAAACUCAGUGUUAGUUUAGUCAAACUUAUUGCAAAAUGAAUAAGUUUAGUACUUGUCUACUUCUUUUACUUGUCACAAAUGUUAUGUCAAACAGUAUAAGUCUCCGAAUGGUGGGUGGAGUAGACACAAAUGGUACCAUCCCAUUUAUUGCUUCCAUCAAACAUUUAAAAGAUAAUGAAGUGAUUAAAUCGUGUUUGGGUACUAUAAUUUCAAAUAAGUGGGUACUAUCAUCUGGUUUUUGUCUCUUGGGCGGAGAUUUGGGUACCAUUUUUGUCGAUGUGGGCGUUUAUAGCCACUCUGAUGUACCCCCAAAACGGUAUAAAAGUACCGAAAUUGUGGUUCAUCCCGAUUUUGACAGUACCACCGGGCAAAACGACAUUGGGCUAAUCCGUCUCGAGUCCACCCCUUUGGUCACAACCAUUCAACUUGGGCGGUUUUCCACCAAAAACCCAAAACUCACUGCUUUUGGGUGGAACGAAGACGAGAAAAAUGACUACUCAAAACCAGAACCGUACCAUCUUGCUCGCCUACAACUUGACAUUUUACCAAUGGAGGAAUGCAAGAAGAAGUAUCCAAAUUUGGAUUCUCUCGUCAAGUUGGACCAAAAGCAAAUCUGUGGAUAUGGGGGCAAAGGGAAAGACAUGUGUGGGGUGGAUUUCGGGGGUCCCUUAAUUGACAGUACCGGAAGACAAGUCGGGAUUUUCAAUGAUGUUAUUUUUGCAGCCUCGGGGCACAGUCACCAGUGUCAUGGCCAUCAUGACCAUCCCUUGGUUUUCACCAAAGUUGAGGCCUAUGCCAACUGGAUUUGCGAAGUUGCCCAUAUCUAUUUCUUCAAAUGAGUAGUACCAAUUUUGGUACUGUUGGUCUAGUGACCUAUUUUAAAAAUUUUCUUAAUCUAAACCAAUAUUUGUGGUUUGACAUUUUCAUAUUGGUUUAUACUGAUAAAAUUAUUACUUAUUUAGUAUGAAAAUAUGCUGUAAACAUUGAAAACAAUGCACAAUAAAACUAUGCUUUAUGGUA